UGCUGGCUUCUUGCGCGUGGUGCUGUAAGUUUGAAGAGACUAUGAAGAUGAAACACUGAAGCUUCAAACUUCACAAACACAAAAACACUUCCUUCUUCUUCGCCCUUUCAUUUCUUUUCUUUUCACGGCAACUUCAAUGCGCGCGCCCUCUCUCUCUCUCUCCAUUUUCCGCCACUUUACCGAGAAAAUUUCGUUCAGAUAGAAAAUAUGAAAACUUUUUCUUUAAGGGUUGCUAGCCAAUAAACAACCGAAGUCAUGAUCAACUUUCAAAACAUGCUUCCAAUCCAAGGCCUGGUGGUUGGUACUUGAUAUCAGUUAGGUAGUAGAUUGAAACAAAGAAGCAGAUCUUGCUGUGUUCGCAUCAAGUAUCUUAAAUCAUUUAUGGUUUCUGCCUAUUUGUGCUUCACUACUAAGGGCUGUUGCUUCAUUCAUAACAUCAUCAAAAUGAAGAAAUUGUAUGGAGGAGUCUUAAUUGCUUCAUUGUUUAUGCUGUUUAUGCUUAUGAUCCUGCGAUAUGGGGUAAUGAAAAAUCCUAUCAGUGAAGCUUAUCCAACAAUACCUGUCUCCCUUAAUGUUAAUGGUACUAAUCCUCUAGAAUGGAUAAAAUCUAUGGCUCCUCCUGCCGUUCGCAAUCCAGCUGUUACAUCUCAAGUUAUUUCUGCUGAUAUUUUAGCAUCUAGCCUCUUUUUGGGGAGCAACUUUUCGAAAGAAGAGCAACAAGCUCUGCAGACACGGAACCACUUGAAACACUUACUUGAUCAUGCUCAGGGUUUACCUAAUGCAGUAGAAGCUAUCAAGGAAGCUGCGGGUGUAUGGAAUAGUCUUAUUUCUUCAGUUGAAGAGCAAAGACAAGGUUAUGCAAAUGAUAGUUCUAGAACAAAAGAGAAACAGUGUCCCCAUUUUCUUAACAAUAUGAGUUCCCCUGAACUCAGUAACAGUAGUUACGAACUGCAAGUACCCUGUGGACUGACACAGGGUUCUUCCAUUACUGUAAUUGGCAUUCCAAAUGGUCUUCUUGGCAAUUUUCGGAUUGACUUGACUGGAGAACCACUUCCUGGGGAGCCUGACCCCCCUAUAAUUUUGCACUAUAAUGUUAGGCUUCAUGGUGACAAAAUCACUGAAGAUCCUGUAAUUGUCCAAAACUCCUGGACAGCAGCUCAUGAUUGGGGAGGAGAGGAGCGUUGCCCAUCACCUACUCCUGAAAAGGUUAAGAAAGUUGAUGACUUGGAAGAGUGCAAUAAGAUUGUAGGGAAGAACAUAAGCCAACAUUACAUGGCUGGCAUGCAUUCCCACACUUCAAGGCAAUCUUUAGCAACAGAAGAGCACUCAAAACAGAGUAAAUACUUUCCUUUUAAGCAAGGUUUACCUUUCGUUGCAACUCUUCGAGUGGGAUCAGAGGGAAUUCAGAUGACAGUUGAUGGAAAGCACAUAACCUCAUUCACUUUCCGUGAAACUCUGGAGCCAUGGGUUGUCAAUGAGAUACGAAUUUCAGGGGACAUCAAGUUAAUUUCUGUUCUUGCCAGUGGUCUGCCCACAUCAGAGGAUUCAGAGCAUAUUGUCGAUCUAGAAUCACUAAAAGCAAGUCCUGUAUCAGCACAGACCCCAUUAGAUCUCUUCAUUGGUGUCUUCUCUACUGCGAACAAUUUCAAGCGUCGGAUGGCUGUUAGAAGAACCUGGAUGCAAUACAAUGCAGUUCGAACAAACAAAACAGCCGUGCGCUUCUUUGUUGGUUUGCACAAAAGCCAAAUAGUAAAUGAAGAACUAUGGAAAGAAGCACAAACCUAUGGAGACAUACAGCUGAUGCCAUUUGUUGACUACUACAGUCUUAUAACCUGGAAGUCUUUAGCUAUUUGCAUUUUUGGGACGGAGGUUGUUUCAGCAAAGUUUGUCAUGAAGACAGACGAUGAUGCAUUUAUUCGAGUAGAUGAAGUGCUGGCAUCUUUGAAAAGGAUCAAUGUGGCUCAUGGUUUACUAUAUGGACUUAUUAAUUCAGAAUCUCGACCACACCGAAGUACUGAUAGCAAAUGGUACAUCAGCCCAGAGGAAUGGAGUGAAGCAACUUAUCCUCCUUGGGCACACGGUCCUGGCUACGUUAUCUCAAAUGAUAUAGCAAGGACAGUGCACAAGAAAUACAGAGAUGGUCAUUUAAAGAUGUUUAAACUAGAAGACGUUGCAAUGGGAAUAUGGAUUGCAGACAUGAAGAAAGAAGGUCUAGAAGUUCGGUAUGAGAAUGAAGGCAGAGUCUAUAAUGAAGGUUGCAAGGAGGGUUAUGUGGUAGCUCAUUACCAAGGUCCUAGGGAGCUGCUAUGUUUGUGGCAGAAACUUCAGGAAGGAAAAGGUGCCAAAUGUUGUGGUGAUAGAUGACUGCUUUGCACGAAUGAAAUUUUUCCCCGGAGUUUAUAAUCUCAAUUGGAAAAUUCACUUGACGGUGUUAAGUAUAGAUUUUCGCCAUUGAUUUAGUUGUCUCAUGGGAUCGCACCAGAAUUGACAUAAGUCAAUGGUCGAAAUUUACGCUUAAUAUGGUUAAAUGAUGAUCCUAAUUGUGAGAAUCCAUUUUGUUUUUCCCACUUUGGAUGGCAUAGGCGACGAGUUUGUAUGAUAAUUACUAGUUAGUGUAGUUAGUCUAGCUCGAAAUUACUGAUAAUGGUCAAUAUUAGGGUUUAUCUUUUUAGUCAUAGAUUUGUUCAUUUUAGAUGUGAUAUUUGUUUGUUACCUGUAGAGAGGAAGAGAUUUGUAUAGAAGCGCCAAAUCAGAAAUAGGUAAAUUAGGUUUCUUCGCAUUAGCAUCAAUUUUUUUAACGGUUACACCUCAUUGUAGAAAGAAACUCCUAUUUUUUAAUCUUACUGGAAGUCGUCGGGCCAUGUAGCAAUCUUA